AUGGAGGAAAAAAGAGGUUUGAGGCGCUAUAAAUGCCCCAGGAAUGUAGCUGGGUUCUGGGCGAUCACAACGACACUUUUUGCGUUGUUUUACCUAUACUUUAAGGCUCAAAACCACUCAAAAACUAACACAUCUAUGUUCACAUCAGACCGGGCUUCGAUAAAAGGAUCUUUCAAGCUCCAAAGCAUAUACAAACAUGGCGUGGGUGCUCAUCCUUCAAUGCAAGUGCUCGAGGUGAACGAAGAGGUACUGGACGCUACCAAAUCCAAGUUUUCGGAGUAUACAACGAGCGCUGGAGAUGAUGAAGAAAUGUGGACCUCAAGUUCGCAAUACGCAACAGAAAACCCGAUGAGUUACGAGUUCGAGCUCUCGUACGAACCACAGUCUCUGAAAAGAAUGCUGUAUCGAGAUCCUGACUUCGUGGAGUCAUAUCUGGAUUUUGCACAUGAAAAUCCACACAUGGCUUCCCAAGUGCAUCUAGAUUGGAUCGAUGAUACGGUUGUGGUGCCGAAAGUGACGGAUAAAAAAACGAUCAUCAGUCUUGCACUCAUGUCUUCUAAUGCGUACGUAAGACUGCCGCAUACCGGAGACUGGAGAAAUCUUUCAAGGCCUUGGAAUCACACGGAAAACUCAGGUCAUGGCUGGGAUGAUGAUGGUCUGAGAGGCCAUGUUUUCAGCAAUAAACAGCAGGAUAUUGUCGUGCUAGCCGUAAAAGGUACUAGUGCCCAGGGACUCGCGGGUUCCGGUGAAGACGAAACUACUGUGAACGACAAGCUUAACGACAAUCUGCUAUUUUCUUGUUGCUGUGCAAGAAUUAGUUACUUGUGGACGACAGUGUGCGACUGUUACAUGAAAUCCUACACCUGCGACGAGGCCUGUUUGGAGCGUGAACUCAGAAGAAAGGAUCGUUAUUACAAAGCAGUGCUGAACAUUUACAAGCAGGUGGCCGAAAAAUAUCCAACAUCAACUAUUUGGGUUACAGGGCACUCUUUGGGUGGCGCUUUGGGCAGUUUACUGGGCCGCACUUACGGACUUCCAGUAGUAGCUUUUGAGGCCCCAGGAGAACUGCUUGCAACGCGGCGCCUACACUUGCCAAUGCCACCUGGAUACCCCAACUACUUGGAAGGCGUGUGGCAUUUCGGAAACACAGCAGACCCUAUAUUUAUGGGAACCUGCAACGGAGCUAGCUCAUCAUGCUCAAUAGGUGGGUACGCAAUGGAAACCUCUUGCCACACAGGCAAAGUUUGCGUCUACGAUGUUGUCAAAGACAAAGGAUGGCACGUAAGUCUCUUCAACCAUAGGAUUCACAAGGUCAUAGAUGAGGUUUUGGAAAGUUACGAAAAGCCUGCCCGAUGCAUACCUCCGGGCCCUUGUCAUGAUUGUUUUAAUUGGGAAUACGUCAGAAAAGAAGCACCCUCUCAUACCAUGGUGUCUUCGACCACUACAUCGUCAACAAGAUCAACAAUCACACCAGAACCAACCAUCACCAGUAGCUGCGUAGGUCGCAACUGGUAUGGAUGGUGCACAAAGUACGAUUAA